UUUACAAUCAUUUCUGUACUGUGUGUGUGUGUGUGGCUCCUCCCUCCUUCUCCUCUGCUGAAUAAACCAGCUCAAUCCGGUUUUAAAAGAGAAAGUAAACUCGCUGCGCUGCUUAGUGAAGAGAGGAAUAUAAAGUUGUUCAGGAGAAAAUCACAGUGAGAAACUGAAUUUAAAGCUGUAAUAUGUGAAUGUUAUAAAUCUAGACUUCAUAAAGAAGAAUUCUGGUGUGCUGCUGUGUUUCUCUACAUGUGUGAGCAGCUUUAAAGCUUCAAUCUGUAGGAGGAAACAUGAACUCUAACAUGAAUCUCUCAGAGGAAGAGAACAAAAACAGAAACCAAGAGAAAUCAAAGAAAUCAGAAAGAAGCAGCAGAAAUGAGUUGGACUCCAUAUUUGAGGAGCUGGAGCAGAAGGUCUUCACUCUGUUGAAGAAUGAGCUGCAUAAAUAUAAGAAAAUACUGAGUCCAGAUUACCCAGAAUGCUCUGAGGUGAAGGAUGAGGAGGAUCAAUGUAGUUUCAGAGAGGAGGUGCUGAAGAUCACACUACAUGUCCUCAAGAAGAUGAACCAGACAGAUUUAGCCAACAAACUGCAGACCAAGCUGGUCUCUGUUUAUCAGAAGAACCUCAAAACCAAACUGAUAGAGAAAUAUAGAGAAAUUAAUGAAGGAAUCUCACAGCCUGGAUCAUCAGUUCUCCUUGAUCAGAUCUACACUGAGCUCUACAUCACACAGGGUUCGAGUGGAGACGUCAAUAAUGAACAUGAAGUGAGACAGAUUGAAACGACAUCCAGGAGACCAACAACACAGGAGAAACCCAUCAAAUGUAAGGACCUCUUUAAAGACAUGUCCAUCAGAACUGUGCUGACUAAAGGAGUUGCUGGAAUUGGAAAAACAGUCUCUGUGCAGAAGUUCAUUCUGGACUGGGCUGAAGGAAAAGCCAAUCAGGACGUUCUCUUCAUGUUCCCACUUCCCUUUAGAGAGCUGAAUCUGAUGAAGGAGAAACAUCUCAGUCUGAUGGAGCUUCUUCAUUAUUUUUUCCCAGAAUUUAAUAGAAUAAAACCAAUAAACUGCAACACCUACAAGAUCAUUUUCAUCUUUGAUGGUCUGGAUGAGUGUCGACUUCCUCUAAACUUCCAGAACAAUGAUGAUAUGUGGGAUGUAACAGAAUCAGCCUCAGUGGAUGUGCUGCUGACAAACCUCAUCAAGGGGAACCUGCUUCCCUCUGCUCUCCUCUGGAUCACCUCUCGACCAGCUGCAGCCAAUCAGAUCCCUCCUGAGUGUGUAGCCCAGGUAACAGAGGUACGAGGGUUCAGUAAUCCUCAGAAAGAGGAGUACUUUAGGAAGAGGUUCAGUGAUGAGAACCUGGCCAGUAAAAUCAUCAAACACAUGAAGUCAUCAAGAAGCCUCUACAUCAUGUGUCACAUUCCAGUUUUCUGCUGGAUUUCAGCCUCUGUUCUAGAGAGAAUGCUGGGUGAAGCAGAGGGUGGAGAGAUCCCCAAAACUCUGACUCAAAUGUUCAUUCACUUCCUGAUCUUUCAGAUCAAACACAAGGAACAAAAGUAUCAUGGGAAAUGUGAUCCUGACCCUCAUCAGACCAGAGAGACGAUACUGGCACUGGGAAAACUGGCUUUCCAACAGCUGGGAAAAGGAAACCUGAUCUUCUAUGAAGAAGACUUGAGAGAGUGUGGUAUUGAUGUCAGAGAAGUGUCAGUGUACUCAGGAGUGUGCACCCAGAUCUUCAGAGAGGAGUUUGGGUUACACCUGGGGAAGGUCUUCAGCUUUGUUCAUCUGAGCGUCCAGGAGUUUCUGGCUGCUUUAUUUGCAUUUAUCUGCUUCAUCAGCAAAAAGCCAACAGAACAACAAACCAAUGAUCUGUCUGAUCUGUUCACCAAGUCCAUGUCUGAUUUCCUCAGGAGUGCAGUGGACAAGGCCUUGCAGAGUGAGAAUGGACACCUGGACCUUUUCCUUCGCUUCCUUCUGGGUCUCUCACUGGAGUCCAAUCAGACUCUCUUACGAGACCUACUGACACAGACAGGAAGUAGCUCUCACAGUAAAGAGGAAACUGUGGAGUACAUCAAGGAGAAGAUCAGGAAGGAUCCCUCACCAGAGAAAUCCAUCAAUCUGUUCCACUGUCUGAAUGAACUGAAUGAUCAUUCUCUCGUGCAGGAGGUCCAGACUUACCAGACCAAAAUAGAAUCUUAUAUUAGUUAUGUAUGUUAUGAUACAACAGCUUAUUCUAAACGCUUUGGUUCUGGUUGUCUCAGAGGAACCAGUCUCUCUCCUGCUCAGUGGUCAGCACUGGUGUUUGUGUUGCUGAACUCAGUAGAAGAUCUGGAGGAGUUUAAUUUAAGUAAAUAUUAUGGAUCAGAUGAAUGUCUCCUGAAGCUUCUGCCAGUGGUGAAAGAAUCCAGAAGAGCGGAGUAA